AAUGGUUGCAACCUAUAAAAAGCUAGGAUUAACCUUGCUCCAUCUUAGUAGACCGCUUAUCAGUGCGUGUAUAUCAAUGCAAAAAUUAGUACAGAUUUGAUUUGAAUUUCCCACGUACCACUCAUUGUUUACUCAUAUGAUAAUGCAGAUGACUUUUAGUGUCAAGAAGUGCUUGGUGUUGUGUUCCGCUGUAGUAUUAUUUGCGGCAUGUGAAGAUAUACGUCAAAGUGAUGUUGCGUCAACUUCUUCGAUUAUGAAUAUACCUAGUUCAACACUAAGUUCCCAAGAAACGUCAAUACAAAAAAUAAAAGUGACUGAACCUGCUGAAACACAUAUAUCGACCCCUACGUCACUUCCCAUGACGAACCAAACCAUCGAUAUCACUGAAAAAACAAUAGCAACUACUAGCAUUUCUUCCACUACUACCGCCGCUACUACUUCUGCUAUUCCUUCUACUACGUCAACAACUUCGGAGCCUACUACGAUGUUGUCUACUUCCACUGUCACUGCGGACACACCGAAACCGUUCAUUGAUGAUGACAAAUGUCCUGAUAUGUCAUUGGACCCUGAUUUGGACAUUUUAACACAGGACGACUUUUCUUCGAAGUUGACAGAUAGUUGUAGGUAUGAUCGACUCACCAAACCACCAUCUUCUCUACCCCUAGAGGUGGUGUUCCAAUUUGACAUGACACAUAUCGAAUCUGCUGAUCACCUGCAAUUAAAGGCCCACAUCAUAGUGCAACUGUUCUACACAGACCGGAGGCUGAAUUACACGAAGUUAUCGCCCACCAGAAGCAACAUCGUUGGGGAAAUAACCCUGCGCGAAAAAAUCUGGGUUCCGCACCUGAUUAUCAUGAACGAGAGAGAGUCCGGUAUGAUGGGUCUGGACGGGAAAGAUGUUCUGGUCCAGAUAAGUCCCAACGGGAACGUCAUUUACUCCUACAGGAUGAGCACCAUGUUCUAUUGCUGGAUGAAUUUGCAGAAGUUCCCGUUCGAUCACCAGAUCUGUGAGAUCACGUGGGUCAGCUGGGCUUACAACGUUUCCAAUUUAGUACUGCAGUGGGAGAAAAACAAACCUUUUCAAGUUGCAACUAAUCUUCACUUAACAGAAUUUGUUCUCGAGGAAAAAUGGUGCGAAACAAGUGUCGUGCUUCCAUCUUUUGAGAGAGGGGGAUUGGCUGGAAAUUAUAGUGCGGUGGUUUUCAAAUUCAAACUUCGACGAGAGGUGGGAUACUACAUAAUGGAUUAUUUCCUGCCAUCCAUUCUGCUGGUUAUGACAUCUUGGGUGACCUUUUGGUUACAGGCAGACGCUGCAGCUCCGAGAGUGACCUUAGGUACUGCAACAAUGCUUUCAUUCAUUACGCUGAACGGAGGAUUAACGAAAAAUCUUCCCAAAGUGUCCUAUAUAAAAGCUAGCGAAAUUUGGUUCCUGACUUGCGCCAGCUUUAUAUUCUUCAGCUUAGCUGAGUUUGCUUUCGUGAAUGUCAUAUGGAGAAGAAGGAAAAAAGUUGAACUGAAGAAACAAAACAGUAAGCACAUUUUGAAGGGUGCACUGACUCCAAGUCUAGCCAGAAAGCAGCUUAGGAAGGCAGAAUCUAUGAACACCCUGUACAAAACUAGGUCUUGUUCUAGCCUCGACAAACACGUUGCUAAUAAUAUACAAUCCAACUAUUUGACAGUUCAUAGCUUCAGUACCCUCACUGUUCCAAAAAUAACGGCGCAGAGCCAGGACGAACUCAUCGAGAACGAUUUUGACAGUGUGACCACGAUACCCAUUCCUGACGGACGGCAUGAUAGUUCACCCCCUACCCCGACUUGGACCACGAUGACCCCUCAGGAGGUGGCAAUGUGGAUCGACAAGAAAUCCAGGGUGGUUUUUCCCGUAUCUUUCUUGGUUUUCAACUUGUUCUACUGGUCAUUCCUGUAUGCUAUCUGAGAUCCAGAUGCUGAGAUAACUAGUUACAAUUUUUCUAGAUGAUUCCUAUUUUUCCGACAGGAAGCAAACGCAUUGUGAUCUAGUACCUUCCUAUUUAUCAUUCAAUAUAUUUCUAUAAUACUAGGAGAGAAGUGAGUCUUCCAGUGAUUUCAUUUAUUUAUCAACCAAUGUAUUUUGUAGAACUAUUUGAGAUUAGUAUAAUUCUGUAGCUACUAAUAUUUUUAGAUACACGUGACUGAUAUUUUAUUACUUGUAUAUUUUUAUAAGCCUACAUUGUUGUUGUCCUAUACCUUUUUUUAUACAACAAUACCAGUUUCUAGUC